GCUAUGCUCACGUACAUGGAAGUUCAUCUGUACUUUACUUUGCCUCUACUGGCGAUCCUCAUGCUCGUUCACAAGCCCUUUACCUCUACGUUAACCAACUUCAAGCUUUUGUUUCUGUGCAUGGUCGCAAUGACAACUGCGUCGAUAUGGGAUAACUAUAUUGUCUAUCACAAUGCUUGGUGGUAUUGCCCUACUUGCGUUAUAGCGGUUAUUGGAUAUGUGCCUUUGGAAGAGUACAUGUUCUUUAUCAUCAUGACUGUGAUAACUGUCCACUUUACAUCACUGGUGAUGCGAUGGCAGUUACCUGUGUUAUCUAUCAAUCCUUCUACCAGCAAGUUGACUUGUGAUCUAUCGAGAUAUGUGCCGUUUUUUGGAUUAAUGGGACUUGGCAUAGUUUCAUGGUUUUGGGCUAUACCAAACACUCCCUUCUUUUAUGGUUGCUGCAUCCUAUUUUAUACUCUGCCGGUGUUAGCAGUCCUUUGGUAUGGCUCAGGUCUAUACAUUGCUCGACGUUUCAAGGCUGUGAUGGUAUCCGUUAUGGUUCCUACUGCACUUCUUUGCAUUGUGGACAUUGUCGCGCUGCGGGCUGGCGUGUGGCACAUAAACGAGAAAACGUCCACUGAAAUUUUCGUGGUUCCCGAUCUGCCAUUGGAGGAGUUUGGAUUCUUUUUAUUGGUCAAUACUGUGAUUGUCUUUGCCUGCUGUGCUAUCGAUCGUACGAAUGCUAUCAUUCAUACCUUCCCAUACCUCUACUCCAAGGACGCAGACGUACAAAUGGACGUCCAAAAUACCUUCUCUCUGACCUAUCUAUCGGCUUUGCUGACCUGCUUCACUUACCAAGACAACGAGUUGCCCCUUCAACCCAUACAAGAUUUGAAGUCCAGCUUGCAAGUUCUCUCUCAAGCGUCCAAGUCGUUCACUACUGCAUCCGCCGCCUUUUCAUUCGAUGUUCGCCAAGACCUUUGUAUCCUAUAUGGGUUCUGUAGAGCCACCGACGAGAUUGCAGACGGUGAAGGCAGUCUCUCGGAUCGGCAGGAGAGGUUGACGUUUCUCAUUGAGUUCAUUGAUACGCUUUUCAGUCAACCGCAUUAUGGCCUCAGCUCCCCGCUUCCUUCCUAUAUUGAGUGGGACAAAUAUGCUCAUUUACCCGGUGACGUCUUGGCUAUGUUCCGAGCUGUCAGUCGCAUGGUGCAUUAUCUACCCCGAAAACCUUUUGAUGAGCUGAUCGAUGGCUACACCUGGGAUAUUAAGGGCCGUACUGUGGAAAACCAAGAAGAUUUACUUCGUUACUGCAACAAUGUGGCAAGUAGCGUAGGCGACCUAUGCACCGCAGUUAUCAUGUACCGGACUGGGCGCGGCAAUUGGAGGCUGGGUGAAUACCGGUCGGAGUGGAUAAUCAAGAGAGCCAGAGAAAUGGGUCAGGUUUUGCAGCUUGUCAAUAUCGCAAGAGACAUCGUUACCGACUCUCAAACGCUCGGAAGAUGCUAUAUUCCCCUAACCUAUCUGCAAGACCCAAUGAUGGAACUGGAUUUACUCAAUCAUGGCAAAGCUCGUCAUAUCUCUGAUGGGAACCUAAGAAGAUAUGCAUUGCGGAUUUUAGCUUUGGCCGACAAAUUAGCAGUCAGCGGUAGUCGGGGGAUCGACCUCCUACCAAUGGAAGCUCGCAGAGGAGUCUGGGCCGCAUGCCAAGUGUACAGUGGUAUCGGAAAAAAACUUCGUGAACAACAUGGCUACCCCUCUCGAGCUCAUCUGAACACUUGGGAGAGAUGUUGGGUAGCGCUACGUUGUCUGUACGGUCUACAUCAAAAAACCACAAACACACGCUCUCGGAUGACUAUUUGGAAGAUCUAUUAAUAUAAUAUGCGUUUUCAUAUAAGCUGUAGUUGACUUCGGUUACAUUUUUACAAAAAUUUGAUAGAAAUAGAAAAAUUGUGUGAUCAUGCAUGCUUCCUUGUGCUGAUGC